UCCGUUGCCGGGAAUCGAACCCGGGUCUCCUGGGUGAAAGCCAGAUAUCCUAACCGCUGGACGACAACGGAAGAUUGUUAAACCGAAUGAUUCAAUUAUAAUUAAAUUAGAUUAGUUACGGAAAGCGUCUACCUAUAUCCGAUGUGCCUCAACUACAUUUUAUAAACUCUCUUUGUUGUUCGAAGAAGUAGAGGGUGAUUUCUCCCCUGGGUUCUGCUACUGUGCGUCGCACCGUUUUCAUCUCUUUUCUCUCCGAUGUAAUUUCCGGACACUCAUUGGAAUAUGACCACGUACGGAACCAUACCGGCGGGAACGCCGGUAUCCCCAAGCCUAGGGUACAUUUCCUUCGCCAGGGAACGGAUCAGAUCAAGCCUUGGCACACGCCGGCCAUGGAAGGAGAUGGUCCAACUCCGGUCACUCUCCAUUCCGGCCAACGCUGCCGAAGCAUUCCAGAGAAUCAAAACCAACGCUGCCUACUUUCGGAUGAACUACGUCAUCGUCAUUCUCUUCAUCCUCUUCCUCAGCUUGCUCUGGCACCCAAUCUCCCUCAUCGUCUUCGUCGUCACAAUGGCCGCCUGGCUCUUCCUUUACUUCCUCCGCGACGGACCCGUCGUGAUCCUCGGGCGCUCGAUCGACGAUCGCGUGGUGAUGGUUAUUCUGGCAGUGGUCACCAUCGUUCUGCUGUUUUUGACGGAUGUGACGAUUAACAUUCUGGUGUCGCUGUUGAUUGGAGUGGUGGUGGUUUUGACGCACAGUGUCGUGAGGAUGACUGAGGAUUUGUUCGUGGAUGGAGAAGAUGGUGCGAGAUUGCGAUUGAGAGAUGCUGCUAGUUCUUCGUUUUCUACAACGUAGCAGUGUGAUGCGGUCGUUUCAGUUAAGGAUUUUUGUAAUUUUUAUUUUAUUUUCAUAAAUUGGUAUUUAUUGAUUCUUUAUUGAAUGCAGACUUUCCUUUUCCUUUCUUAUCUCUGGUUGUUGUUUGAUUAAAAAGAAAACGAAUUCAUCACUGGAGAAUUUCUAUUGUUAAGGGCCUGAAAAAAUUUAGGCUUUUAAAUCAAACUGCCAUGAAUGUCUAAAUUAAAUUAUCCAUUAAAGUCUCCUUUUUUUUUUACCUGGAAAUAAAACAACAGGAAAUGAAAGUGGAUUAAUGCGAAGUCCACUGAAUUGCUUGUCUGAGAAGACAUGAUGCGUAAUGCACAAUUGUGCUUUUGAAUCUAUGCUACAUUACACCUUAUAUUUCUUAGGGCAUCUCAUUCCUGCAUGUGAGUUCUUUCAUUAGUAGUAAGAAAACACAAUUAGAAUUUGCCUUUUUUGCAGCUACGAUUCCCCGUCAAUCCUUCUCCUUUUCAUUCCAAUAUCUUGUGGAUUUUUAUUUUUCAUUUUUCUGAAUUUUAUAUCAGAAACAGGGUUUUUCAUUACGAGAUGAAUCAAGAAGUACACAAAAGAAUAGAAGAGAAAAAGUAAAUACAAACAAAAACAGAACAAUACAAACUGAGAGGUAUAAAAUCCCCAAUAUAAGCCUCUGAACCACAAAGGAAUCAACUCAGCUACAUGGGUGGACGAGUGUAUGCUUCUUUCUUAAUGAAGGAAUCUGGGAAUGUCAUUUGUUUUAUGUUAAACUGAUGAGCUAAAACUUUAUUGAACUUUUAAAUCUCCUUGGUGUUAACACAUGCUUUUUUCUUGAUGCUUUGGCAAAAAAAACAAGUCAUCCCAAAACAUAGAAACAGGGGAGGGGAUUAUACCAAUAAGAUGAGAAAUUUGUUUGGUCUUCCCUACUGGGUUUCAACCUGUGUUACACCACUCUUGUAUUUUGGAUAUUGGUGGUUCACCAUCAUCAACAUUGCAACAAUGAGUGUCACCAAUAUGGUUUUUGAACCACCAUGUUGGUGUUGAGAUUUUACAUAUAAAUGCUACCCAAUGAAGAUUCACAUUGGAUUACCCAUGGGUAUCUGAACUUUCAUGAGGGUUAGGAAAACGUCUUGGGCCUUUUUUUGAGACAUAAUGAUACAGAAUGUGAUGGUAGAAUGAAAUGCUGAAACUUUGAGCAACAUGGGUGAUAGCUCCAUUCCCCUGUCAAUGGCAUGAGGGUAGGGCAAAGGGACUAGUAAACCUUUAAGAUAUCUGAGUUUAGUAUAGCUGAUAUAGGCUUGCAAUGCAAUCCAUGAGUCUGGUCUUCAAAAUGUGCUUUACCUAGUUUCUCAUGGUAUAUAUGGCAUUACGCAGCAAAAUGAAAAAGCCACCCAAAAUUAAGAAUUGGCUCGAGGGCCAUCUAGGCAGUGAUCUUAGGAUUGUUUAACCAUGGGCAAUGGUUUCUAAGCCACAUUAAAUUUGUAUAUUAAUGGUGAUUACACUUAGAAAUAAGAUUUUGGUAGUCAAUUUUCCUUUGUGCUAUAAAAAAUCUACAAACCUGCAGUUCCUAUACACCUUGUCCUUCAUCUCAGCUGUAGUGUUCCCUGAGUAGGAGAUUUCAGAAUGACCCCAUCAACUGCAGGUUCAUAGGACUCCUGUCUUGGUGAAAGAACUAAAUGUCAUUAUGCCCUUGAUUCAUAACAUGAAAACUUUUUGACUUAGUGAUGUCAUUCUAGGUCCUUGACAAAGCCAACAUGCCCCAACACUUUACUCCUAAAGUAGACAUUAAAAGAAGAACUAAAAUGAUAUAGACCUCCAAUACAACCCAUGUAAAGAAUAAUGAACUUUAAAACUUUCGAUCUUGUCCCUCAAUUGACUGAACCAAAAGUGCCUUUUUAUGAAGUUCGAAUAUGGGAAUCUACCUCUGCUUGCUCCACACCACCCACCAAUCAUAAUGCAACUAUGCCUUGAUCACUACAUUUCAGCACCAAUCAUAAUGGAGCCAUCACAUUUCAGCAUGACCCAUGAUAUCAAAAUCAACACGCUGUGUUAGCACAAUAUGUUAGCACAAUCAUAUUCCUUUUGGCAUUUCUCUAUUAACAAGAAGAAACCCAAUUAAGAAAGGUGAGCAGGCGCCAUCACUUUUCAUCACCUAACAUGCAAUAGUGAAUACACGCAAUCAACUGUGUGAAGAAAAUUAUUCAAAUUGGAGGGAUAAACAUAUCAUCCUCCAUUCAUUCAUCUGAUUCAAUUCUUUUUGCAAAUGACUGUAAAUACAUUACUCACAUCACGAUCUAAGGCUUCUUAGAAGCUGAACUGCAGUAGAAGACACGAAACUCACAUUUGGGUGAAAUCAAAUUCAACAGUAACCGAGCAGUCUGCUCUUGUUUAACCUGUGCUUCUUCCUUCUCCACCAACACUGCACCCACAAUCUCCUCAUACCCAUCUCCCCCACCUGCAAUAUACGCGACCAAGGCCGCCUGAACCGGCCCCAGACUCGGGUUAUAAGCGGCAGACUCCAUGUAAGAGCCUCUGUAGACCCUGCCCUCAGAGUCUAUGAGUGCCACCCCAGAUGGGCACCCACUGUAUGGAGCAUGAGACUUGUUUGCAGCCUCAAGCGCCUCAUAUUUCAAUGAGUCUUGAUCACAGGCGCAAACCCCAUUGCAGCCUGUGUUGACCAACUGAGAACCGAUUGCAUUUACAAGUGAUAAUCCGUUGUUCUGUGGCUCUAACAGCAACGGCGUAUCCUUGUCCAGGAGGUCAUCGGGACCGAACCUAUUAGGGAGAAACUCCGAUAAAGGACGAAAUUCUUGAUCUGAGGAGGAGGUGAUGAGGACUUUGAUAUCUGGGGCGUCGCGAAUUUCCUGGAAGAAUUGGCGGCAAUGGCCGCAGGGGGCGGCGGAGACGGCCAGGCAGCGGAGAUGGGUCUCGGCCUUGAGGGAGAGGUUGGUGAUGAGGAACUGCUCGGCGUGGACGGAGUGGUUGAGGGGGAGGCCAGGGAAUUCGAGGUUGACGCCGAGGAAGAUCCGGCCGCUGGAUCCCAGCCCGACGGCGCCGACGUGGUACUUGGAUAUGGGUGGACGAGCCAGCUUCUGGGCUGAAUUCACCAGAGACGGCAAGAGUUGCAUCACCGUCAGCCCUGCCUUCUCCGCCUUCGAUUCCGCCUCCGAUGCUUCGAUCACGAAUCUGGACCGUUCCAUUUGUAGAAUAUUGCUUGAUCUCGAUGAAAGAUCGAGAGACGAUUAGAUAAAGAAUCUCACAACCUUCAAAAGAGAGAGAGAGAGAGAGAGAGAGAGCGAGAGCGAGAGAGA